AUGGAUGUGAUUAGUAUGACAGCGAAGGAAAAGAAGAAAAAGAUAGCUGAGUUGCUUGAGUUGGAGGAGAACCUUAUAGAAGCCCGGUUGCUGAAGCGGGUCAAAGCACGAACCGGACGUGAGAAGCAGGAGCUUUUGAACUUGCCAAAAUACCUAGUUUGGCUGGAGACUCAGAUUCAUAACGCGGCGGCCGAACUAGGAUCAGAAGAAUUUAGGGAGCUCACAGGCGUUACAGACGACAGAGCAAAGCACUUACUAGCCCUGCAGGUAGCUAAAGGGAAGCUCUAUGAGGCGAAGGUGGGUGUCAUCGAAGCUCGACGUCGUUCAGAGCGGACUGGUGGGACCACUAGCCAGGGUCGGUUGAAUUAUAUCAAGUCCCAUAAGAGCAAACUGUUCAAAACUAAAUACAACUCGUAUCACCGACGAGUAAGCGGCUACAACGAUCGUUUCCAACCUGAACCACUCCUAGAUGACCCGUCUCUAGCUGAAGUCGAAAGAAUGGAGAUAUCUGAUUUGUUUUGGGCUGGUGGCUCAACCCUGAGUCAUCCAGAAGAGCCUUGGGCUAACGACUUACCAACCCGAGAGGGUAUACAAGCUUUCUUGUCUUGUCGCUCAGCAGAGGAGGAGAUGUGUUGUAUCUCUCGCGAGGCACGACAGCUAAGCCAGUGGGCCUUAGAGUACCAAUCAAAAGUUGAUUUGGUUGACCCUGGCGCUGUUGAUGGCACAGAUGUGUCUGGUGUGAUUCAAAAAUCUCUCUACGCAGGGCUAGCAUCUGAAACACGUCGCCUUUGGUACAAUUGGAACUUUGAUUUAAUUGAUGUCAUCAGAUCAACCGCUGUCCAUCUUCCUAGCCCUCUGAGAUUAGCGCAUGAUCAAGAAAUUGUAGGGCAAUGGAAAGAUCUUAUGGAAAUCAAGUUUGGACAUUGGGAACACACGCUAGUAAGGAUAGCCGUUCCAGAUUUGUCAGAUAUAUAUUCUCAAAUGGAAGCAGAGGUAGAGGAGGAGGAGUUGCUUGCUCCUGAAGACUUUGAUAUGGGAGAGGAUGACGAUGCAUUGACCUGUAUAUAUUUGAUUUAUACACAUUAG